AAAAUGCAUCUGUAGAUAAUAUCAUUAUUAAAAAGGCUCUUUCUCAAUUAAGAGAAGUUUUAAAAGAAUAUGACCUAAAGAACAUUUAUAAUAUAGAUGAAACUGAAUUAUUUUAUUGGUAUUAA